UCAUAAAGUGAUCGGCGAACCCUUAACGUCGAUUGUCUUCACUGAUGAAAGAAAGCACAGUGUCAAGUCAAGAAGGUUGUCUAGCAAAACAAAAGGCUCGUAUCUAGACAACCAAGAAAGUCAGGGAGACAAAUCAAGACCUAGACAAACGUGUCUCCUUUGAGGAUAGGAGGAAGAUCCAAUUGAGGGAUCCUCUAUUGAGAAGUGAAGGAACACUUAAAAUAGAAACUUCUCCACUGCCCAAUCAUGGGUGACGUUGAGGAGGGUUUUGUGGGGAGUCGCCCCACCUCAUCCAAUAUGGGGGGGUCGAGGCCAAGCAGCUCCAAGAGUCGAGGACAUUCUGCCACAUCGCUGCGAAGUAGACCCAGGUCAUCUCAAUCAAUUGCCGAAAGGGCUCAAACUGCCGGGAAUAUUGUCAGAGCCAUGAGUCGUCCAUCAAGUGGAACGAAAUCUGUGGCUUGGAGUGAGGAUGUUCCACCAGACCCAGAAGCAGGCAAUCUAUCACCGAUUAAGGAGAUCGACCCUGCCUUAAAAGAAGAGGCUCCUUACUCUAAAGAACUUGAGGAGGAACUGAAUCGAGAUCCCAUGGAGGAUAAGGAAAAUAUCACCGUGGGAUGUUGGGCCCAAUUCACUGCUAUGGUCAGCAGUAUGUGGGACACUACGGACAUGGCCGUGGGAGAAGAGCGUGAAGUUCUAGUUCGAACCACAUUGAGGGAAUUGGUGGUUUACCUGGUCUACUUGGUAAUCCUCUGUUGUGUCACUUUAAGCGCCAUGAGCCCGACCAUGUACCGGUAUACCGAGAUCGUCUCGUCGACUUUCAAGUCCCAAUAUGAAGUUAGGCAAAUUUCCGAUUUUUGGGAGUUUAUGGAAGGCGAGUUCUUUGAUGGUAUUUACCUCGAACAAUGGUACAACGACGGCGACGAAACCGCAACCUAUCCUUGUCCUGGACAUCCAAACGUAACAGGCCCUUGCCCGAUUGACCACCAAGAUCGUAUGGUGAUGCACGCAAACCGAUUAUUGGGGGUGCCUAGAUUGCGACAAAUCCGUGUGCGAAAUGAUUCAUGCACAAUCCCGACUGAGUUCAAAGAUUCCGUGGAUGUGUGUUACGACCAUUAUUCCUCAACGAUCGAAGAUGAAAAUCCUUUUGGUCCCGGAUACCGGAAGUACACAUCAGCUGACGCGUGGCGUUAUCAGAGUGUGAAAGAGUUGGAAGGCAAAUUACAUUGGGGUAUGGAAGCCACCUAUAGUGGAGCUGGUUCGGUUCAAAACCUUCGUGAGAAGCGAAACGAAACUCAGGCCAUCUUAAAGGAGCUUAAGGAAGGCUUGUGGAUUGGUCGGGGCACUCGGUACAUUUCGUUAGAUUUUACUCUGUACAAUGCCAACAUCAAUCUGUUUUGCGUUAUCAAGAUGAAUUUCGAGUUUCCACCCACUGGAGGCAUUAUUCCCACUACCCAAUUUGGAACGGUGAAACUUUUGAGGUACAUCACGCCAUUUGAAUACGCUCUCAUGGGUCUUGAAGUCGUAUUUGCGGUGUUCGUUGCCUACUAUGUCGUCGAAGAAGUUAUUGAGCUCUCUAUGAUGGGGCUUCAGUACUUUACCACUUUUUGGAACUUCUUGGACCUUUUCAUGAUCUCUGUCUCCGUGGCAACCCUAAGUUUCAACUUGUACCUGUUCACUACGGUGACUGGUCUCUUGAAAUCAUUGUUGGCCGAGCCCGAACUGUUUGCCGACUUUUCGUUUCUGGAAUUCUGGUCCAAAACUUUUCAAGACGCUGCUGCUUUGACCGUCUUCACCGGGUGGAUCAAGGUGUUCAAGUACAUUUCUUUCAACAAGACCAUGUCUCAAUUGUCCGGGACCAUCACCAGGUGCGCUAGUGAUGUGGCGGCGUUCUCGAUCAUGUUCUUCAUCGUUUUCUUUGCCUACGCUCAGAUUGGAUAUCUCCUCUUUGGCGUUCAUAUGCUGGCGUUUAGUACCUUCAAAGACGCCUGCUUCACCCAAUUUCGACUGAUUUUGGGUGAUUUUGACUUUCCCGCUAUCGAACGAUCUCAUCGAUUGUGGGGUCCGAUCUAUUUUCUCACCUACGUCUUCUUAGUGUUCUUCGUCCUCAUGAACAUGUUCUUAGCCAUUAUCAAUGACACCUACUCGGAAGUAAAAGAAGAAGUAGACAACCGGAAAGAGGAUUUUCAGGUGGGCGAUUAUAUCUCUCGAGGCUACAACAACGUCCGAGAGAUGUUUUUCUCACGAGACAAGAUUCUGGAUAUCAAAGCUACCGUGAAAUUGGCGGCUGACGAUGGAGUUGUCACCUACGACGAGAUUCGAGAAAACCUUCGGAAGCUGAACUUUUCAGAUUUGGAGAUCGAGAUGUUCUGCUCCCGAUAUGAUCGCGAUGGAAACUUUGAAUUCACUCUAGAGGAGAUCAACGCUAUUGAGCAAGAUGAAGGCGACCGAUUCGAUAACUACAACCAUCUCUAUUUGACUCAAGAGCGUCCCAAAUCCUCUGUAGAAAGGCCCUCGUCCGGACUGCCCAAAAUGACGAGGAGAGACUUCGACAUGGUUCACAAUCGUGUGGAUCGAAUGGAGGAGCAGAUGUCGAGUGUCGUGACCAAAGUAAACGAAGUCCUUCAGAAACUUGACACAUUCGAUGGAGAGGCUCGAAAAUCUUCUGCACAAGCUAUCAAUCGAGGAAUCCGACACAUUGCCAGUGCUGCAGGUAACGACGAAGACAAACGUAAGGAAAUGGAGAAACUAGUGCAUGGGGAAUUGGAGAAAAUCGAGGAUGAUUAGUCUGACUUCAUCUCAUUUAUAGAUGUGACCCCAUCUUUUUAAAACAUAUACACAUGAUAUCCAGAAGAAAUCCAAUGUUGAAUAGCUUAACAAUAAAUAUCCCAAAUGUCUACAAA